AAAGCGAGGCGACAAAAUUGCGGGUCGAAGCUCCCAUUGAUCGGGAACGCCUCAGGUGGCAAGACACCAAAUAAGACCUGGUUGGGGUGCAGGUUAGCCGCACCACACAUUCGGUGCACGAUAGCACUUGUCUUCAUCACUCUCCUUCGGAUUCUGCAGAGCUUGCUUCUCUUCAAGCCUGGAAUCAAAUCUAGAUUCCCGUUUCCUCUCCAUCCAAGCAAUCCAAUCUCUCUCUCUACCUUUUUUUUUUUCCUAUGAUCCGGUUCUAAUCGGACCGGUCAAAGUCAGGAAUCAAUGAAAAAUUUGAGUUGAUUUUCCUGGUGCGAUUCUUUGCUCUCUGUUAGCCUACUGAAAAAAUACGGGGAAACAAGAGAGAUUGAAAUGUGGUUGUAGAGAAAAGGGAGCGGACGUCACUAAUUGACCCCUGAUGCCCUUAUUUCGUCAAUCGAGGGAUUUCCCUUGUUGCAAUUGUCACUAGGACUGAAAUUUUGGGGGCAGCACUGGUUGAGCUGAAAUUUGGAAUCAAUGGAUGCAGAUGGAGGGAGUGCCUCAGCGGUUGGUAUUGAAGGCCGACCAGUUUCCCUCCAUUCAGGGCAGCCAAGAGCUCUAUAUCAAUUUACACAGCAGAGUCUCCCAGCAUGUAAACCUGUAUUGACACCAGGAUGGGUUAUUGCCACGUUUUUGUUGAUCGGUGCCAUUUUUAUUCCUGUUGGUCUUGUUUCUCUCCAUGCCUCACAAAAUGUUGUAGAAAUUGUAGAACGUUAUGAUGCUGAAUGUAUACCAGAAAAGUACCAAAGCAACAAGGUUGCUUAUAUCAGAGAUAGCUCAAUUCCCAAAAACUGUACUCGGUACUUAAAGGUGCACAAACAUAUGAAAGCUCCGAUUUCCGUCUACUACCAACUUGAUAACUUCUAUCAGAACCACCGCCGGUAUGUCAAAAGCAGAAGCGAUCAGCAGCUCCUGCAUGGACUGAAGUACAAUGACACAAGUUCCUGUAAACCUGAACAAUUGAACAAUGGUCUCCCAAUUGUCCCUUGUGGGUUGAUAGCUUGGAGUUUGUUUAAUGACACAUUUAACUUUGUCCGAAGGUCAGAGGAAAUGAAAAUUAACAGGAAAAACAUUGCAUGGAAGAGUGACCGGGAUCACAAAUUUGGCAAGGAAGUGUAUCCCUUCAAUUUCCAGAAUGGGACUUUGAUUGGAGGUGGAAAGCUAGAUCCAAGGAUUCCUCUGAGCGAUCAAGAGGAUCUUAUUGUAUGGAUGCGUACUGCAGCACUCCCUAGCUUCCGAAAGUUAUAUGGAAGAAUUGAAGAGGAUAUAGAUGCAGAUGAUGUUAUUGUUGUUCACCUCAGUAACAACUACAACACGUACAGUUUUGGUGGGAAGAAAAAGCUUGUUCUUUCCACAUCCUCUUGGUUGGGAGGAAAGAAUAACUUCCUUGGGAUAGCAUACAUUUUUGUUGGUUCUUCCUGUAUAUUCACGUCAAUUGUCUUCAUGUUGCUUCAUGUGAAAAACCCGAGGUAAAACUUCAUAUGUCCAGUAUGAAUGAUUGAAUUCCUCCCUUAUUCGUCUUUUGUUGCAUGAAAUUUAAAUACCAUAAAGAAAGUGCUGUUGACUAAUGUAAAAGGAACUUUAUAGGAAUGAGGACUCCCCCUCACCAGUGCCUAAGUUCUUAUUAGGUUA